AUGUUGUUCCUAUCGAAGCAGCUGUGGCGCUGGAUCCAGGUAGCCGCCGUGCUCUGCAUCUUCUGGCUGGUGCUCAACACCGCUCGCAACAACAACUCGGCCACGCCCGCAACCCACCGGUCCGCCGCCGAUGGUCAGCUCGACGUCUGCCGUCCACACGGGUGGAAGCCCUUCCGCCCGAGAUCGCCCGACCGGGCGCGCAAGGUGUACGACCUUGUGAUGAUCAACUCGGAGCUCGACAUGCUCGAGGUCCGGCUCAACACCACCUUCGACGAAGUCGACUACUUCGUCCUCGUCGAAAGCCGCAAGACCUUCACCAACCUCGACAAGCCGCUGGUCCUGAAGAAGAACCUCGCCAGGUUUGAGCCCUACCUGCGAAAGAUCAUCUACCACGAGAUCGAAUACCCGCCCAACUUCAAGCCGCAGCGGACCUGGGACAUGGAAGACCACCAGCGCAACUCCAUGCUGACCCAGGUGUUCCCGCGCCUGCGGGGUGCCCAAGCUCCCCAACGGUACGACGUGAUCGUCGUGUCCGACGUCGACGAGAUCCCGCGCCCCUCGACGCUCGCGCUGCUCCGGGCCUGCCGGUUCCCGCGCCGGCUCACGCUGCGCAGCCGGUUCUACUACUACAGCUUCCAGUGGUUGCACCGCGGGCCCGAGUGGCCGCACCCGCAGGCGACGUAUUACCUAGGGGCGCACUGGACGCUGCUGCCCAACGACCUGCGCAUCGCCGACGGCGGCAUGUGGCCGUUCCGCGAGUGGGAGAAGGGCGAGCUGGCGAAUGCCAGCUGGCACUGCUCGUCGUGCUUCGCGACGACGAGUGAGUUCCUCGGCAAGAUGGCGAGCUUCUCGCACACGUGGAUGAAUAAGGAGGAAUAUCGGGACAGGAACAGGAUUCUGGACCGGGUGCGGAACGGGAAGGAUCUGUGGGAUCGCGAGGGCGAGGUGUAUGAUCGGGUGGAGGACAACCAGGACGUGCCGAGUUUCCUGUUGGAGAACCAGGAGAGGUUUGCAUAUAUGCUAGAUCGGGACGGCCGGAACGCGGGGUUUGAGGAUAUUAUCUUCGUUGAUAUAUAG